UAGAUAACGGGAAGCUGGAGCGGUUGACACGUUUUUCCAGCAGUCUGCAGACGUGACUUGGAGCUGUCCACUGCUGUUGCUGCGGCUCCUCACCCCGCCAGUGUAGUCCCGAGGACUUCGACCCCCCGCCGAUCGAAGUCGGCGGUGCUGGAGCUGCUUACGCACUGUUGUACUUUUGAACUGGGAAAUUCCAUCCGCGGAGUGGUGCGCAUGCGCACCGUUUGUGUACAUUCCAUGCGAAGAUGGCGGCUUUCGUGAUUGAUAAAGAGCUAAGGAAGUCUAGAUUAUUACUGGGGCUACAAAAAUUAUGAGCUGCGGCAUUUGGUGAGAGUUACAUCGCCGACAGAUAAGGCAAAGGGGCAGCCAGCCGGCCGCGGAAAGCUGGGCGACGUGUCCAUCGAGUUGGAAGUCCUCUUCUCUGCUUCCGUAGGAUUUUUUUUUUUGUUGCUGCUUGUUUGUUUUGUCGAAUGCAUUGACUCUUCUCUAUAAAGAGUCUCAAGAAGAAGGGAAAGCAGGGAUUUGCCCCACAGCCCUAUAUUGUCGACCCCUGGAAAGGAAUAUCCUAUGUAAGUCGUGCUGACCAUGGCAGACCAUACACCACCUCUGGAAACCACCCAAAUUCUAAAUACAGACUUACCAAUUCUGCCACCACCCCCUCCUACAAUGGUAAAUGGAGAUGUCUCUCAGCAGGUAAUCUUGGUACAGGUGAACCCAGGUGAAGCCUUUACGAUAAGACGAGAAGAUGGUCAAUUCCAGUGUAUUACAGGUCCUGCUCAGGUUCCAAUGAUGUCACCAAAUGGUUCAGUGCCUCCAAUUUAUGUGCCUCCUGGAUAUGUUUCGCAGGUUCUUGAAGAAAAUGGUGUCCGAAGGGUCUUGGUCUUACCUCAGCCAGAGUACCACCAAAGCCACUCACCUUUGCACCCAAGUCCUCACCACUUGACGUUCAUCCCGCACCCUGCCAUUAUUCCUUCUCCACCACACCACAUGUACUCCACAGUGACUGGUGCAGGAGACAUGGGCACCCAGUACAUCCCUCAGUACCACCCGGGACACGUCUAUGGGGACCAAGAUACGCUUUCUCCUCAUGGACGGUCAACAUUUGUUCAUAGAGAUGAAAGGACUAGUAAAACACAUGAACGUUUGCAAAAAAAACUUAAAGACAGACAGGGUGGUCAGUCAAAAGACAAAAUGAAUAGCCCUCCCUCUUCCCCUCAAAAAAUGCACUGUACUUCACCUGUGGAUUGCCAAAAUGGCCUUGGGAAGGGACUGUCUUCAGUGGGAUCAGCAACAGCAGUCAUCAAAGGGAAACAAGUAGGAAAAGUGAAAGGAAAUCCUCGAAUAGAGAUGGAAGUGCAAGAGUUGGAUGAGGAAUCCAAAGCCUUGCAAGUACUUCUUUCUAAUAUCAGCAAGCCAACGGUGUCAGACAUUCAAGCUAGGACAGUACUCCUUUCAUGGUCACCUCCUGGCACAACAGAAAAUGGAGAUAGCGAUGUAGCCAACUUGCCGGAGUCUUUAUUUUAUGAAGUGUCUCUUUCCAAUACUGGAAAAGAUGGGAAGUUCAAAACAGCAUACAGUGGUGAUGAGCUGAGUACGACUUUGGAAGACCUAAGACCAGCAACAGAAUAUCAUGCAAGAGUCCAAGCACAAUGCAGCUGUUUGCAAGGAAUCCCUUCAGAACCAGUGAGCUUCACAACAUUGACCUGUGAACCAGACAUGCCAAAUCCACCCCGAAAAGCCAGUGGGACCAAAAAUUCUCUUCUUUUGCAGUGGAAGGCCACGUGUGACAAUGGUUCAAAAAUCCAAAAUUAUAUUUUGGAGUGGGAUGAGGGUAAAGGAAAUGGUGAAUUUACACAAUGUUUCUAUGGGCCUCAGAAGCAGUACAAAGUGACCAGAUUAUCACCAGCUACAAAAUACGCAUUUCGGCUUGCUGCUAAAAAUGAUGUGGGCAUCAGUGGCUUCAGUGAAACAGUUGAUUUGUACACCUCAGGCAGUGUUCCCUUACCACCAGCUAAACCAGAGCUUUUAAAAUCUGGGGUGACCUGGCUAACGCUCCAGUGGAAGAAGACCUCAGGAGUUGCAUUAGCUGAAGAUGACAUUUCUUAUAUUUUGGAGAUGGAGGAUGAAAGUUCAGGUUACGGUUUUAAACCAAAAUAUGAUGGAGAAGAGCUAAGUUGUACAGUUAAGAAUCUAAGAAGAAGCACCACCUACAGAUUUCGCGUUAUUGCUUAUAAUUCAGAGGGGAAGAGCAACCCCAGUGAGAUAUCAGAGUUCCUCACUAGCCCAGAUAAACCUGGGGCUCCUUCUAAGCCAGUUGUUAAGGGGAAGAUUCAUGCCAACAGUUUUAAGAUAACCUGGGACCCACCAAAGGAUGAAGGCGGAGCAGUCAUCACAAAGUACAUCCUCGAGAUGGCAGAAGGAAAUGAUGGAAACAUGUGGGAACUGAUAUACAGUGGAUCUGCCACUGAGCAUGUCUGUGAGCGACUGAAGCCCGGCUACAUAUACAAGUCUCGAGUUUAUUGCCUUAGUGAAGGAGGACAGAGCCUGCUUUCAGAAACAUUAGUUAUUCAGACAGCUGUGCUUCCUCCUGGAUCACCUCAGCCUCCUAGGCUUAUGGGUAAGCCUAAGGCAAGAGAACUGCAGCUACGCUGGGGUGCUCCUCAGGUUGAUGGCGGCGCUGUUGCCACCAGCUAUGGUCUUGAAUUUUCCCCAGCUCAGACAGAAGAGUUUCGUGAAGUUUAUCUGGGAUCUGAACUGGAAUGUACAGUAUCCAAUCUCCUACCUGGGAAAACAUACGUGUUCAGACUGCGGGCAGCCAAUAAAGCUGGAUUUGGAACGUUUUCAGAGAAAUGUGAAUUCACUACAGCUCCUGGGCCACCAGACCCAUGCAAACCACCAAGUGUUGUGUGCAAGUCUCCUACAUGUGCAAUAUUAAACUGGGAGCCAUCUGCUAGCAAUGGUGCUAACAUUACUGAGUAUCGAUUAGAAUGGGGAGCCGCCGAAGGAGUUAUGCAGAUAUGCUAUACUGGACCUGGGCUGACCCAUGAGAUGAAAGGUCUUUUACCAGCAACCAAUUACUUCUGUAGAGUACAGGCAGUUAAUAUCGCUGGUGCUGGCACUUUCAGUGAAGUUACAGUGUGUAUGACGCCAUCCUCCGUCCCAGCAGCUGUGAGUUCUCUUCAUGUCUUAAGUGAAAAUGAAGUUGACAUCCCACAGUACUGCCCAUCUACAUGCUUGGCUCUGAAGUGGGAGCAGCCCUGUGACCACGGCUCAGAAAUUACAUCCUACAGCAUUGAUUUUGGCGAGAGGCAACCUGUUAUGGUAGGGAGGACCACCAGUCAUCUGCUUGAGAAUCUUCAGCCAGACACUACAUACAGAAUACGAAUUCAGGCCUUGAACAAUAUAGGUGCUGGUCCCUUUAGCCACACUAUCAAGGUGAAAACCAAACCCCUGCCUCCUGAACCUCCCCGCCUGGAGUGCACAGCAUUCAGCCACCAUACCCUUAAACUUAAGUGGGGAGAUGGCUCCACCAAAGCUUUACCAACAGACUCUAUCCAGUAUCACCUUCAAAUGGAGGACAAGAAUGGAAGAUUUGUAUCCUUAUACAGAGGACCGUGCCACACACACAAAGUUCAAAGACUCAAUGAGUCCACCUCCUAUAGCUUCUGCAUUCAGGCCUUCAAUGAAGCUGGGGAAGGGCCUUUCUCAGAUGUUUACAUAUUGACAACUACAAAGUCUCCUCCCCCUCCUCUCAAAGCACUUAGGAUAGAACGCCUGGAUGAUCAUUCAUGUGAGGUCACAUGGGAGGCAUUACAACCAAUGAAAGGAGAUCCAGUUAUUUACAGUCUGCAGUCUGCCAUUGGAAAUACAGACUUUAAACAGAUUUAUAAAGGACCAGCCACCUCGUUUCAUGCUCCAGGUCUCCAGGCCAAUUGUGAACAUCGCUUCCGAGUAUGCGCCAUUCGACAGUGCCAAAACCCUCAGGGUACUCAGGACCUCAUUGGGCCUUAUAGUGCCACAGUGAUACUCUCAUCUCAGAAGACUGAACCGCCUGCCAGCACCCAUAAAAACACUGUGGAAGUCACAAGGACAAAAAGCACUCUGAGCGACGAGCAGUGUGCGGCAGUAAUUCUUGUGCUAUUUGCUAUCAUAUCCAUUCUGAUUGCCUUCGUCAUCCAAUACUUUGUUAUUAAGUGAUGAGCCUGCCAGCAACUGGCAAAUUAUAUGCCUAAACCUUGUCCCAUCAUCUCUGCACCCCAAUCCACUCUGUUCCUUUUAAUGAUAUUGUACUGUGAUAUGAUUUCUAUUGCUUCUAACACAACAGUGGCACACAAUGCUCCGUCUUACUUCCGUCAUGUUUUCUGCCAUGUGUGUGAGUUUUAGUGGUUACAGACUCACAAUAAAAGCUGACAGUUAGCCGGGAGAAGCCACAGUUGUGUAAGAAGGGCAUUAGUAGUCUUUGACUCUACUAGUCGUCUUGGUCUGAAACCCGAAUCCUAGUGAAUUGCAGCUUGUCGGCACAAACUCGUAGUCAGAUAUAGCUGUACACGCUCGACUCCGGUCUGAACUCUAAACUAAGUCCACAAGUGUAGCCAUUUCCAAGAGCCUAAUCAUUGGGCUCUUUUUUUUGGUUGACAGAAAGGAAGAUGCCCUGUUUUCAUUCAUGAUGGAAGCAGUUUGGCCGUGAAAUUUGACUAGCUUUUCUUAAAGUGCCAGCAUGGGACUUCUGUUAAUAUAAAAACAGAGGACCUAAGAAAUGAAUCUGUAAAAUAAUAAUAAUGUAUCGCAAAACACUUUACUUAGCACUUUCCAAUCAUUGAAGUCCAGAAUGUGUUGAAUUGUAAAAGUGAAAGUAACUUUUCCUCUAUUUUUGUAAGAAACUUGGACCUGUUUGUUAGGAGGCUGUGCCAGGGGCUUCAAAAUGCUGUUUAAACUUUCAUUUAGCUGCUUCAAUCCAAACUAUAAGUUUAGCACAAGAUUUUUGAAGACUCCCUUGAUUAAAACAAAACAAAAAAAGAGUACUUUGCACCUUGUAUAAAUCAUUUGACUGCAUGUUGUAUUUGUGAAACAAUAGGACACUUCAGGUGGUGUAAGCCUUAAUGUGUAUCGUGAGCUCGUUUCUCAGAAUUAGUCCCACUGAGUCCUGUCUCUUGAAAUUCUUCAUCUCUCACGUCUGAGUAUCCUGGAAUCAACUUGUCUGACGCCUGACCUUCGUAGAAUGUCUGCACACAUAACAAGAAGCAGAGGCGAGUUUUUCUUAGACUUUCUUUUGUUUUUUUUUUCACUAGAACUGUAAUUCUGCCAUCCCCUUUUUUGUCAUUUGUUUUAUUUUAGUUGCUAUUGUUUAUGUAUUAAAGCUUUUAUGUUUAUUAAUUUACAUUGUUUUUGUUGAAAUAUUAACUGUACAAAACACUUUUUAAUUCUCUUUAGAGAUACGAAUUAGCACACGUUAUCUUUUUUGUUCAUAUUUUUGUUUUAACUUUUGUGUCUUAAAUAGAAAAAAAAAUCCAAGAGAAUCGCAGUGAUUUCCUGUCUCUGACAUGUUUACAUGUACUUCCUUUAAAAUCAGAUAUUGACACUUUUUGUAUUGAUACGUAUUUGUCACACAGAUGUUGAAUGGGGCACAAUUAUCUUCAUGGAAGCACUCAGAUUUGGUGCUGAGUCUGGUGGGUAGCAGAUAAACGCAGCGGGUGUUCGGAGUCGUAAAAAAGGUGGCAUGCUAAGAGCAAGUGAGCAAGCAAGUGGAUUCCUGUAUGCUUCAGGUAAUAAGAUGAUGCCCUACACUGGGCUCUGUUAGUCAAAUUCAAAUUCCUAUUUUUGAUAGUGCAUCUGUAAUUGUGCCAUUAGAAUAUUCCCUCAUGUGGGCUGCUGCUGAGGAGAAGAAAAAAAAAUUUUAUGUAAUUUUAAUGUUUGCGGUUACCUCAUAUACUGUACAUUCCAAAAAACAAAAUCAAAAAUUGCUAUAAAUACUACCAAACAUAUCACUUUAAAAUUGUACAAUGUCAAACUUCGUAAUGAAAAUUGUAUAAUCUCAUAAAUAUGUAUCUAAACUGUAAUUCUAUAGACAUUAUAUCUAAAAGAAAAAAAAAGGAAAAGAUCCAUGCACAAUAAAAGAUCUAUAAUUCUUC